AUGUCCGACCCGUUUGAUAGAGAGAAGGUCACCCCUUCUUCCUCCAAUUAUCCUUCCGCCGAUACAUCAGUGCACGAAGAUGAUACGAAUCAUCAUUCGGCACACGCCGCCGAAUCCGAUAUAGGAGGAAGGAAUGAUCUUGAGCCCGAGACUUUUUGCCGCGAUGAGGCUAGCGAGAAGCCCAGCACAACAUCCUACUCAGACCGAUGGAGAACCCUCAGCAAGCGGGUCAAAGACCGCGCAGGCACAAUUGCUGAGGCACUAGGUCGACCGCAUGAAGCCGGGGAAGAUGGACUGGAUGCCAGCUUCUCGCCCGAAUAUUAUGGCGCAACCGAUGAUCUCCACAGCUACCAGGCCCGCGUGGCAAAUGAUGAAGAGGAAAGAAUCACGGGUUAUGACCAUGGUUCUCAGGCCGAGCAUCUGAUCAAUAAUCUCGGCCUACCGACAUAUCGAACUCGCGACUCGUUGCCUCCAUCUGGUGCAACCACCCCGGGUGAGAGCGGAGCAUCAACUCCGCUGAAUGGUGGUCUUUUAUCUCAUUUGCUUCGCGUUUAUGCCAACAAUUUACCUGCGGCUAGUCGCAUGAGCUUGGCGACUACGGCUGUCGACUUUGACCCUCCGACUGAGACUAUUCCACCUACAGCCACAGACACCCCAGGCACAUCAAGCACGGCAGUCGACCAUGGUGCCGGAACAGCCACAGCGACGGGCACUGCUACCCCGGGAGGAAAGAAGGAUAAAAUGAAGUGGUACGCCAAUUCGAACAACAGCAAGCCAAACGCGCUGGACAAGUUGAAGAAAAUGGAAAAACCGUUGACAGGAAACGAAACUCCAAAGAAAAAGAAGCCAGGCCAUCACUAUACUUCCUCCCUCGUGGCUGCAUCCAUGGAUAUGGGCAGGGUAGGUGUACCAGGUGCGCAAGGUUCGACGCCAAUGGGCUACCGGGAGCAAUACGGUGCUCCCACCCACCGUUUGGAAGAGUACAUGAUGAUGACAUCCAAUGUGUUGGAAGUCAAGGCCCAAUUCUUGUACAUCCCCGGAUGCAUGUUCAUGUCCUUUGACGACGCUUUAACGCGCACUGCCGAGGUAAAAAUUAUCCGCGUGGUCCAGGGCUUAGAUCUCUCCCGGCUCGCGGAGACACAUAACGUCUACAAGAACGUCGUGCACGAUAUCGUCGGUGUCGAAACAGCAACCCAAGAGCUGGACGAAAUCAUGCAGCGCAAACCUCGCUACAAUCGCUGGACCUUGGUCCUACUCACCGGUCUAGCCAGUGUCGCCGUCGGCCCCUACGCCUUCAGCGCCCGACCCAUCGACUUGCCAAUUAUUUUCGUCCUCGGCUCGAUUGUCGGCUUCAUGCAAAAUGUCCUCGCCCCAGCCUCAGCAACAUACUCGAACGUCCUCGAAGUCUCAGCCGCAGUUCUAACCUCCUUCUUGGCCCGCGCAUUCGGAAGUAUCCAGCACAACGGCGACCACGUCUUCUGCUUCGCAGCCAUCGCACAAUCCUCUAUCGCAAUGAUUCUCCCCGGAUUCGCCGUGCUAAGUUCCUCCCUCGAACUCCAGUCCCACCAAAUGAACGCCGGUUCAAUCAGAAUGGUCUUCACAAUCAUCUACUCCCUCUUCCUGGGCUACGGCGUAACAGUCGGAACAACCAUCUACGGCCUAAUGGAUCGCAACGCAACAACAGAAUCAACCUGCCCAGCCGCCAGCCUAGACAUCUGGGGCAACGAGUACAUCCAGCAUUUCCCCUUCGUCGCACUAUUCUGCCUUUUCGCCGCCCUAAUCAAUCAAGCGAAAUUCAAACAACUCCCCGUCACAGUGUUUAUGGGAAUGUGCGGCUACGUAACGAACUACUUCUCCACAAAGGUCCUCGGAUCAAACCAAGUCGCGAACACAGUCGGCGCAUUCACCAUCGGUCUCAUUGCGAAUCUGUAUAGUCGGGUUUGGCACGGCCAUGCGGCUGCGGCGAUUAUCCCGGGUAUCUUUACGCUCGUUCCGUCGGGAUUGGCGUCGAGUGGAUCGAUUAUUUCGGGACUGCAGUAUGCUGAGGCUGUUAAGAAUCAUACUGCUAGUUCGACUAGUGGGGCGACGAGUAAUUCUUCGUUGACGUCGCUUGGUUAUGGAAUGAUUCAGACUGCGAUUGGGAUUUCGGUGGGAUUGUUUGUUUCGGCGCUUAUUGUUUAUCCGCAUGGGAAGAAGAGGAGUGGGAUUUUUAGUCUUUAG